AUGAUUCCACUCGGUUCUCUUGGUAUGCUUCUUCUGCUGUCACUGUAUGUGGGAGCGCUGCUCUCCUCAGAGGCAUCUCCAGCUUGCACACAUCCUCCUUGCAGGGACAGUCUGGUGGCUGCACCCAUCCCGCCUGGGACUGGAGUGGGAGCAGGAACCGGGUCCUGUGAGGGCCAAACUGGGACAACAACCUGCAGAGUGAGGGUUUCACUUCCAGCCAUCUCAGAUGCUCCUCGGAAGGUGGAGCACAGGCAUGAUAACCCCCAGGUUCAGCCUAAGGCCGGAGGUGUCAAAGAGCGUCUAGUUCAGCUGCAGCGCUGCAUGCACUCUCUCCAGGAAACAGGUGGCCCCUGGAGUCACGGGGCCCAGGAGAGCAACUCUCUAGGGGCCAUCCUGGCUCUAAUGGCAGCUGUACUGACAGAGUGUGACCUCCACUGUCACAGCCAGGCCCUUGGGGCAAUGGCCAAACGACUGGAGAGUGUAGCCGUGGGAAGAGAGGGGGAGAAAGACCUGCUGCUUUUCCUGAGGAGCAUCACACAAAAUCCUCCCACAGUUGCCCCUUUGGAAAGGUUGCAUCCUCAGGACUGUGCAGAGAUUUACAAGCUGGGGAUCAAAGAGAAUGGCAUCUACACCAUCCAGCCUGACCUGCACAGACCAGCGCUGGAGGCUAAAUGUGACAUGGAGACGGCGGGUGGUGGGUGGACAGUGAUCCAGAAUCGACAGGACGGCUCACUGGACUUCAACAGGACAUGGCAGGAAUACCGGGAUGGCUUUGGUAGUCCACAGGGAGAACACUGGCUGGGAAAUGCGGCAUUGUGUGCGCUCACCUCCACUGGCCAACACCAACUCCGCAUUGAGCUGGAGGACUGGCACCACCAGAAGCGCCACGCCACGUAUAACAACUUCAAAGUAGCCUCAGAGGCACAGAGGUAUCGUCUGACAGCUCGGGAGUACUCUGGCGAUGCAGGAAAUGCCUUGAGCUACAGCAAACGCUACAACCAUGAUGGCAGAUCCUUCAGCACUUCAGACCGAGACAAUGACCGUUACGCAGCUGGAAACUGUGGUCAGUACUACGGUGCAGGCUGGUGGUUUGAUGCCUGCCUGGCAGCUAACCUGAAUGGACAGUAUUACCGUGGGCGCUACAGUGGGGUGACUAACGGUAUCUACUGGGGUACAUGGUACAUCCUGACUGAUGGACGAACUGGAGAGCGCUACUCUUUCAAGAGAGUAGAGAUGAAGACAAGACCCCGGAACAUUGUCGGGCCAUCCUAA